ACUAAACACACUCAUUCAUCAUGUCGGCACUUCCAAAGCAUGCACAGGCGUUUAGGGUUGUUCACACGUUGCAACUCCAUGUUUGGCAGCCGGCGGGUGUUUCUGAAUCGUGCCUAGAGCCCCGAUUUUGCCAUAAGCGACAGCGCGUAGCAUGUAGUGUUCCGAAGGCAAGCAAGGGGCCAGCUGGCCGCAACGGCUUUUGUGAUGCCGCUCGUGACCUUGUUCGUGCCCUUCGCUGUUACUGCUGCAUGCUCCGAGCCCACAGGCGCCUCUACAACAUGGGCUUUGCGACCGCCGGGGCGAGGAGGAGCGCGACGAGCGACCCCGCGAGGACAAGGUGGCGCGCCAGCGCCGGAAGCUGAUGGAGCAGCACAACAUCGAGAUGCAGAAGCUGGACGAAGAGCUAGCGGCAAUAGCGGCGCGGAGACAGGCGCUGAAGCAGAAGCACGCGGAGGAACUGAGGACGCUGGCUGCGCAGGAGGUGGAGGGAGGAUCCCAGGAGAUGGUCGCAGCAGCAGCGGCAGAGAUGGAGAACGCGGCGGCGGCGGAGCGGGAGGGGGAGGACAUGGACGAUGCAGGAGGCGUGCCGCCGGCAGCUGUGGCGGCACCGGCCGCAGCCGUGGUGGCUCCGGGCGUAGUGCGGGUUGGGGCCGCAGCAGGCCGGGUGGCUGUGGUGGCGGCGGUGCUGCCCGCGGCGGGACCGGGGGUGGCGGCCGCGCCCGCCGCUAUGCCCGGAGGCGGCGGCAACCCCGCCGCUGCAGUGCCACUGCUGCAGCAGCAGGCGCAGGCGGAGGCGGCGGAGUAGGGGAUGGAGGAGCCCCACCACCACCAGCACCACCAGCACCACCACCAGCAACAGCCGUCAGACUCGGCGGUGGAGCAACAGCUCCACCAGCAGCCGCAGCCGCACGGGCACGCGCAGGCGUCGGUCAGUGCAAAUGACACGGCGUUAGGCAGCGGACACGCCUCCAACAGGGCGCCAGCCGCUGUUGCCGCAGGCGAGUAGGAGGGGGACGGGACCGCCGUGAAAGGCUGCGCUGGGGCUGCCAGGUGGGCAGCAGCAGCAGCAGCAGUAGCAGUAGCACCGGGGCGCCCUUCAGCUACCGGCGGGCCCUUCACGCUGUGAGGCAACUAACCCGGCAUGCAGCAGCCUGGAUGGGCCCAGCGCGCUCAUCGCACCCGGCCGCGGCAAGACGUGUGCGCGCUGCCGGCGCGUGCGCAUCACGUACAGCUGCGGCGCGUGCCAGCUGAGCCACUGGCGGGAAGGGCACAGCUUGGAUUGUGCGGAGCUGGCGGCAGCGGCCGGGGCUAGCUAGGACAGCGCUCUAGAAGGAAUAAUGGUACUGGUGCGUACGGUCUUCAACGUUGCAGUUGCAUUGGACUGCCGGUAUGCAGCUGACACUGCAGUCAGCGGGCUCGCCAUACAUGUGCAUGGUUCGUUGUCCGCACCAGCAUGCAGAGUUGGUAGCUAACAGGAUGAAUAUGGUACGUGUGAAGCAGGCGCAAGUCCCAAUGCAUGCUUGCUACCGCUAGAGGCACGCCUGACACACACAUACACACACGACUGGGCAUUGGGCGGCGGCCUAGUAGCGCGGCAGCACAGCGGCAGCUUUGGAGGCAGUGGCGGCGGCAGGGCAUGGGCAUGGGCAUGGGCAUGGGCAUGCCGCGACUGUACCGGCGCCGGUGCCUGCCGCGACUGUACCGGCGCUGGUGCCACUGGAGGGGCGCCUGGACGACAUGGAGGUGGAGCCGGCGCCCGCAGCGGCGGGCCCGGCGCCGCGCGGUGGUCACGGCGGCCGCGGGCGCGCCGCUGCCCAGCGGCCGCCGCCGUACCCGCGGCGCCCGUCGCCCGACCCGUCAUCGCGGCGCAGCCGCCGCUCUGCACCAGCAGCGCCCGUACCAGCGCCGCUGCCGCAGGCGGGGCGUCCGUCUUCGUCUCCGCCGCCAGCGUGCUCUGGAAAGGCUCGACAAGGCCGGCGGAAGGCAGCCGUGGCGCCGGCGCUACCUACCCGAGCCACUGCCGGCGGCGGCGGUGCCGCCUGUGCAGCCUCAGGAGGCCGACGGCCUCGAUGAGGCCCCUGCCGCCAAGCGUGCGGACACCCGCGCCGUCGGGGCCGUGGGCUCUGGCCUGCGGGCUGGCUUCCUGCUGCCGCCGGCUGGCGCCUUCGGUGGCUGGAGCGGACGGCGGCGCUGCUGGGCGUGCAAGCAGCUCCCUGGCUGCAGAAGGCCCGUCUGGCGGUGGUGGUGGUGAGGCCGGCGGCGGUGCUGGGGCGGCGGGCGUGGGCCCGGACCCUCAUGUGGGUGGUGGCGAGUGCGACUAUGGGACCAUCCUGUCCGCGGCGGUCGUGGCCUUGCUGGCUGACCACGAUGAGGCCCCCAGCCCGGGUGGCGUUGGGAUGGGCAGCCCGAGCGCCAUUGCCGUCCUGCCGUACUGUGUGGGGUGCAAUACUGCAGCUACUUCGCAGCUUCAUCCGCACCUUGGACGGUUGAGGAGGUGGCCAGCGAAGCUGUGCAAUACAAUUGCCAGUGUGCCCCUGGACAUAUUGCGCGGCUGUGGUGGGCUUAUUGACCGGGCGGGCAGUCAGGCUUGGGAGGUCAGAUGGUUUGGCAGUGCUGGCAGUGGCGGGCGGUGGCUAGCGGUGCAUUAGCGCAGCAAAGUGCGGUGGGCCAUGCCGGAAAGUUUGGGUUUCCUUGUUUUUCGUCGGGCUGCAAAACCGCACAUGAAGGUUGGACCCCAAACCCCUCGCGCGCGUCAACAUCUGUUACUGGCAGGCUCUGCAACUAGCGCGGUGGUGGCAUCCGUGCAUACUCCCAGCCCCUGGGCAAACAGGUGGCGGCGGCACUGGCAUAUGGCGCACGCGUAGAACGUGAUGUUUGCGACAACGGAAUGCCUCUGAAGAAGGGCUGUGCCUGAUGGCGAAGGCGCGAGUAUGCUCUUGCGUGGUACGUAGAUCCCUGUGUCAAUGCCCUGACAGGAAAGCUAAUUAUUGACGUGCGUUGCGGAACUAAUGCGUACAUAGAGCGGAAGGCGGAGUGAGCUUGCAUGCGGCAGGACUCUCCAUGGUUCUGCAUCACAUUCUUGCACUGCAUUGAUGGGGUAUGGGCACGUGCGGCACAGCAGCGGUACUGCAACAGCAUCG